AAUGGCACUGCCUGCGUGUGCAGCCCGGGCGCUCGGGCCGCCGUUGCAACCGGAGCGAGAAGCGCCCGCCCGCACCACCUGUCCCCGCCGGCAUUCCAGAGUAGAGGCCGAAUUGGCAGCAAGCCGGCCCGGAUCAGUCGCCGCCUCAGUCCGCGCGGGCCCUCCUAGGGGUGUGUCUCGCGGAUUCAACUCCCAGCCGCUCCUGGACGAGCCCCUAAAGGCUUCUUCCUCUCUGGCGGGAGCCGCGCGCGCCCCUCUCUUCGCGCUGCUGGCCCGAGGCCGCCGCAGGCGGAUGCACGACCUCAGGAGACGCUGGGACCUGGGCUCCCUCUGCCGGGCCCUGCUCACCCGGGGCCUGGCCGCCCUGGGCCACUCGCUGAAGCACGUGCUCGGCGCGAUCUUCUCCAAGAUUUUCGGUCCCUUGGCCAGCGUCGGGAACAUGGAUGAGAAAUCCAACAAGCUGCUGCUGGCUUUGGUGAUGCUCUUCCUAUUUGCCGUGAUCGUCCUCCAAUACGUGUGCCCCGGCACAGAAUGCCAGCUCCUCCGCCUGCAGGCGUUCAGCUCCCCGAUGCCGGACCCGUACCGCUCGGAGGAUGAGAGCUCCGCCAGGUUCGUGCCCCGUUACAAUUUCAGCCGCGGCGACCUCCUGCGCAAGGUAGACUUCGACAUCAAGGGCGAUGACCUGAUCGUGUUCCUGCACAUCCAGAAGACUGGAGGCACCACUUUCGGCCGCCACCUGGUGCGCAAUAUCCAGCUGGAGCAACCGUGCGAAUGCCGCGUGGGUCAGAAGAAAUGCACUUGCCACCGGCCGGGUAAGCGGGAGACCUGGCUCUUCUCCAGGUUCUCCACGGGUUGGAGCUGCGGACUGCACGCCGACUGGACCGAGCUCACCAGCUGCGUGCCCGCCGUGGUGGACGGCAGGCGCGACGCCAGGCUGAGACCGUCCAGGAACUUCCACUACAUCACCAUCCUCCGCGACCCAGUGUCCCGGUACCUGAGUGAGUGGAGGCAUGUCCAGAGAGGGGCGACGUGGAAAGCAUCCCUGCAUGUCUGCGACGGGAGGCCCCCAACCUCCGAAGAGCUGCCCAGCUGCUACACUGGAGACGACUGGUCUGGCUGCCCCCUGAAAGAGUUCAUGGACUGUCCCUAUAACCUAGCCAACAACCGCCAGGUGCGCAUGCUUUCUGACCUGACCCUCGUCGGCUGCUACAACCUGUCGGUCAUGCCCGAAAAGCAGAGGAACAAGGUCCUCCUGGAAAGCGCCAAAUCGAAUCUGAAGCACAUGGCGUUCUUCGGCCUCACCGAGUUUCAGCGGAAGACCCAGUAUCUGUUUGAGAAAACCUUCAACAUGAACUUUAUUUCGCCGUUUACCCAAUAUAACACCACUAGGGCCUCUAGCGUAGAGAUCAAUGAGGAAAUCCAAAAGCGCAUUGAGGGACUGAACUUUCUGGAUAUGGAAUUGUACAGCUAUGCAAAAGAUCUCUUUUUGCAAAGGUAUCAGUUUAUGAGGCAGAAGGAACAUCAGGAAGCUAGGCGGAAGCGUCAGGAACAACGCAAAUUUCUGAAGGGAAGGUUCCUUCAGACCCAUUUCCAGAGCCAGAGUCAGGGCCAGAGCCAGAAUCCGAGUCAGAAUCCGAGUCAGACCCCGAACCUAAAUGCCAAUCAGAAUGUGACUCAGAAUCUGAUUCCGAAUCUGAUUCCGAAUCUGACUCAGAGCUCGGGUCAGAAUCCGAGCCCGAAGGAGAACCGGGAAAGCCAGAAGCAGAACCCUGGCCAAGAGCAGAGCGAUGGCAACACCAGCAAUGGCACCCAUGACUACAUAGGCAGUGUAGAGAAAUGGCGCUAAAUGGCUCCCAAAGGCUUUUGCACACUUCUCCCAAAGCGCCAGUCAAAAUAGGGCAAGUCUUCAAACAUGAGAGUGUCCAGACACAUCCUGCUUCCUUAGGUUUGGAAGUUAAAAAGGUUAAGAUGUUGCCUUUACAGUUGCCUUUCAAUUCAGUGUUCUACUGUGCGUGGGUAAAACAAAUUUCAAUAUGCAAUUAAAUUGUCUUUUUUUUUGGUUCGUGGGGAAUUUAUAAAAUCCAAAAGGCAAACCAGACUCAUCAGAAAUUGCUGUUUAGAUAUUUUCAGGAGUUCUUAAAUUAGUCAUAGAGACAAAAUGAAAACAUAAAAUAUGGCCGUUUAACUUAUAGCUAAGAAAUGGACUUUACAUUAUUCAUGAUACACUGUUGAAACCCAGUCUUGGAAGCAAACAUUUUUUUCCAGGGCUAAGCAUGAAUAUAACACAAAAGAAACUAAAAUUAAACACGAAACUGUUCAUUUUCUUCUGAUUUUAACAAGGAAUCUAUUUAAACAGAAUAAGAACUGAUGGCAGAGUUUACCAAACUGUAGAAAACGAAAAACUUCUCUCCCAAACAUGGGUAGUUUUAUGUAAAAAUAUUGGCUUUCGAGUAGAACGGGACUCAUAUCUUGUUAUUUCAGAGAUGUUUAAAAUUUUAAACUUUUUCUGCCUUCUACUAUUUAAAGGUUUUAAACAGGGUGUAUCUCAUAUUAAAUAAAACACUUUUUCCAAAUGGAGUACCAAUGCAAAGAUCUAAUUUCCAGAUGAUUUCUGGGCACUGUAAUUUCAACAAUUCUGGACUCUUUUUGGCGCUGCUUCUCAUUCAUUUUAAAGCUUCUCCGAGCUGUGCUCAUUCCAAACUAACCCGUUUUAGAAUCUUUCUUCAUCAUCUAAAUGGUGUGUUGCUGAAUUCAUUGUGAUAAUAUAAUCCUGGAUUAAAGUCAGGACUUUCUUUCUGUAGAACUGUCUUAUCAAUGUUUGUGUAGUGAGGUCCUUAUCAAGAAACUCUUGAACAGGAUAAUGUGUCUUAAAAUAUUGCUCAAGUUACUAUUCUUGAUCAGAUAGAAUUAAACCUGAAUGUGAAUGAAUUGUUAUUUACUUUUUGUGCAUUUUUAUUGUAAUGUUUCCAGUAGGGCUGGCUAUUUUCUAGCCCAUUAGUUCUUUUUCGUGUUGACAGAGUAUAGACAAUUACAAGAGAAAAAACAAGGGUAGAAUAAGCACUAGGAUAGUCAGCAUUAUUCAGUAACACCAAAAGCUUUACCUCCAUACUUUGGGUGAACCGUGUACCAGGUUUUGUUUUGAGAAAACAAAAGGCAGGAGUGUUCUGCAUUGAGGUUAAACAUCAGAAGCAUAUGGAUUGAAGAAAGUGAUUUGGUAUUGGAAGUCUGUGCAGAAAUACUUUUAGGGUAUCAACUGCGAAUUGCGCAGGGCAAAAAGAAGGAUGUAACCCUCCGUGCAAGCAGGCAUCCUGAUUCUGGGCAGUUUCCAUUUUACGGGUUUUGCUAUCCUUUCGUAAGGACUUACGCUAAGCCCCUGGCUGUCAAUCAAAAAAGCAACUGGAAGUGGCAUUUAUGUUUUCACGAGGGACAUGCUUAGAAGUGUGACCAUAAAGUCACAUCUUGUACAAUCUGCUCAUUUGCAUGAUCUAGUUUCAUCUGUAAUAAUAAGGCCACAAGCUGGACAAGAAGCUGAGUACUUGGUUAAAAAAUAAAUGUUCUUGACUCUGCACUUGUAUCAGUAGAUCUAAAUUUUGUUUUGUCCGACAGUAUCGCAGUCCUGGGAAUCUGAGAACUGGAAAACUGAAAGGAAAAAAAUUUUCAAAAUCCAAAACAUCUUGAAGUCAAAUUGUUUUAGAGUGAAACUAUUUUGUGUACUUUGUGUUUUUAAACUAAUGAUUCUGUAGAUCACUGUGGUAUUUCAAUUUUGUUUUGUUUUGAUUGAUAUUGUUUGCUCUUAAAACUGAUAGGUACUGCUGGAAAGCAGGAUGAAGCCCGAGCCAGUGGAAAAGCUUGUUACAGAAAAAAUAUUUUGUGUUAUUGCUGUGGUGUGCAUGGUUUGCAGAGAUUAAGUGCAUUUUCUCUGUCUAUACUGAUUUAUUGUAUAUAGGGGAUGUUAUAAAUAUACAUUUUGGUCACCAUCAUGUAAAUCCCAUGAUUUUGACUGUAAACAUCUUUCCAGUGGUGUAGCUUUACAAACCAUUCACUGAUUUUUGUGU